ACGAUGUAAAUAGUAUAAUGCCAAAUCUUGGUUAUGAAAUUGAAGAUUUCCAAUCUUACACAUGGCAAAUCACAAAUUGGAAAGACUUGGAAAAGGAAGUAAGAAGCCCCAAAUUCAAAGCUGGUGGUUGUAACUGGCGUAUUUUACUUUAUCCUUAUGGAAAGAUCAAUACGGAUUCCGUUUCAAUUUAUUUGGGUUUUGAUGAUCCGCUAGGAGCAUCUACUGAGUGGUAUUCUUGUGUACAAUUCGCUUUUGUCUUAUGGAAUCCAAAAGAACCAACAUUAUGUGUUUCUCAUCAUGCUCAAUAUCGGUUUACUACUGAAGAACCAUAUUGGGGAUUUAAUCGGUUUUGCGAGCAGCGUAAUUUAUUUGUUAAUCACACUCGUUCGCUAAUCGAGAAUAAUGCCUGUAAUAUUACUGCUUGUGUUCGUAUCAUAAAAGAUCCAACUGGUAUCCUAUGGCAUAAUUUUACAAAUUAUAAUUCGCGAAAGGUGACUGGAUAUGUUGGUCUAAAGAAUCAGGGCGCAACAGGCUCUUUGAACGUUUCAUUACAAUUGUUAUAUAGUAUAAAUUAUUUUCGUAAGGCAAUAUAUCAAAUUCCUACGGAAGAGGAUGAAUCGGGCAAAAGUGUUUCUUUAGCUAUACAAAGGAUUUUUUAUCAAUUGCAAAUUUCGAAUGAUCCAGUUGAAACUGUAGAAUUAACAAACUCUUAUGGAUGGAAUUUACAUGAUUGUUCUAUACAACGUGACUUCUUGGAUAUUUUUAAAUUUAUGUUUAUAGGAAAUCUCAGAAAUAAAAUGAAUAUUAUCAGUUUUCCCGCAUUGAAAAAUACGAAUGUAGCUCUUACACUUGAAGUAUUGGGAUGCAAGAAUCUAGUUGAUUCUUUCAAUAAUUUUGUACAAGAAGUGUCCUUUGAAAGCAGUUAUUAUAUAGCGGGAUAUGGUUUACAAGAUACCAAGAAAAGUAUAACCUUUGAGAGUUUUCCACCAAUAUUAAAUUUAGUAUUAAGACGAUGGGUAUAUAUUGAAAGUAGAGAAACCGUUGUCAAAAUAAAUGAUCUCUAUGAAUAUCCAAUGGAGAUUGAUUUACAAAACUAUUUAUCAUUUGAUGCGGAUAAAUCAAAAUCGCAUAAAUAUUUACUUCACGGUGUCGUUAUACACGACGGUGAUAAAUCUGGAGGUCUAUACUAUCAAUAUUUAAGGCAUAAAAAGAAUGGAAAAUGGACAAAAUUUUUUAAUGAUAAAGUUACACCAGCAACUGUUAAAGAAGUUCUUAAUGAUAAUUUUGGGGGAAGAAAUAAGAGGUGGUUCCCAGCUGCAUAUGUACUUACAUAUAUUCGUGAAUCUGAUAUUGAUGAUAUACUGUCUCCAGUAUUUCCUGAGGAU